AUGGCUUCAGUCCUAGGUGCUGGUCAGGGAGGGUUUGUGGCAGCUUCCGAUGUCCUUGAGGAGCUCAUAAGUGGUGGGACUGCUGCUCCUGUUGUAGCUGGUGCUAGUGCUAGUGCUGCUGCUCCUGUGGCAGCUGGUAUUGGUGCUGGUGCUACUCCAGUAGCAGUUGAUCCUGCUGGUGGUGGUGGUGUUAGGGCUAUGAGGUGGUCCAACAACACCUCUGGUUUUGUUCUUAGGAGAAUGGCUGCUCUGGUCACUGAUGGCAGCAGGCCUGACAAGGUCUUCAAGGAUAAGGAUGUGAAUCAUGUAGCCAAGGCCCUUAAGGAUUGGUGUGGGGAGGUUGUCAGCCCUACUCAAGUGUACAAUCACUUGAGAAAAUGGAGGCAGAAAUGGGCUAAGGUGUCCAAACUCAAGGACCUUAGUGGUGCUCUACGGGAUGACAUCACCCAUGCUAUCAUGCUUGACCAUGAGCACUACCUUGGCCACACCAAGGACCAUCUUAAAGAUGCUGAGUACCUAAACACCCCUAUUAGGUUCUACACUGAGAUGGAGGCCAUAUUUGACAAUGCUUUAGCCACUGGUAGGUUUGCACUUGGGUCUGGGAAAGCCUUAGGGCAGAACCAGGCUGACAGUGCUGCUGCCAAGGUUGAUGGUCCUCCAUUGACCCCACUCACUGGUGAUAAAGCUCCCACUGCACCUGCAGAGGGUAGCAAGGCCACAGAAGUGCCCUGCUCAGGUGUUGGUGGGAAGAGGGAGAGAGGAAAUUUCUCUGAGGAGGAGAUACUCAUGUUGACCAACAUGUCUGAUGCUGUCAACAAUGUGGCUAAUGCUCUUAGGGAGACUGGACCUGCCCAUGUUGAUGCCAAUCUGUACCUUGCUGUGAUGGAGAUGCCUGGCUUCUCUGAGGAGGCCCUUAUUGUUGCCUACACCUUUCUCCUAGACAACAAGACCCAAGGCAGGGACUUUGUGAACAUGACUGAUGCCCAUAGGACCAUUUGGCUGCAGACCUUCUUAGCCAAAAACUACUUCAUGUAG